CUUAUUUAACCUGAACUGAACCAGGCACAGGCACGCGCUGACCUCAGAAAGGCUCUGAUCUUUGCGCACCUGGCCAACAGAGAAUAUGGAUCUCUGUUGAGAUCCGUCAUUGGUAUCACGUUCCUAGGAACUCCUCACAGAGGAAGUGAAGUUGCGAACCUGGGUAAGACCAUAGGGACAAUCGUCAACCUCUUUUCCAGGAUGGUCUUGGCGGGAACACAACCUGGAAUCAUCAGAACUGAUUUACUGAGUCAUCUGAACUACGACUCCGAUAUUCUACGUAAGAUCACGGAUGAGGCUCGUGCUCGAUUAGAGAAUAUGACGGUUGUUUCUUUCUAUGAGACUGAGCCAACCCCUCCUCUUUCUGGCUUGAUCGUAGAUCGGACAUCUGCAAUCAUGAACAUUGACCAUGAAGAUGUUAUACCCCUCUGGGAGAACCACCGAGACAUGUGUAGAUUUUCUGGCGAAACUGAAUCCUGCAAGCAAGUAUGCCGGGCUCUUCGAAGGAUUACCUAUCAGCCACAAAACGUGAAGCGCAAGCCUGUUCGCACAAGCACCCAUUCCUCUGAAAUGAAGCUUAGUGACAUUGAAAAGCUGUGCAUGGCGCAUUUUAACAUGGUCAAUUUGACCGAUUACAAACGAAGAUUGCCAAAGCCUAUUGAGGGAACUUGUCAAUGGAUUCGGGCUCAUCCCCUAUUCGUCUCUUGGUUUGAGGAGGCCAAAAGUACUCUCCUCUGGCUGACAGGUUACCCAGGCUGUGGCAAGACAAUGCUUUCCUAUUCUAUGGAAAGACAGCUUGAAGAAACAUCCCAGAACAUUCUUAUUUACUUCUGCGACAAUAAAAUUAGCAUGCAGAAGGAUGCAAAAGCCAUUCUUAUUGGCCUCAUUGCCCAACUUGUUCAUCGCCAUCGUGCGAUGGUUCGAUACAUAGGGAGAGUGUUUGAGGUACAAGGCAUGAGUAUGCUUUCCUCAUUCUCGGCACUUUGGAGUGUCUUUGAGAGGAUCAUUAAAGAUUUAAAGUCGAGUACUCUUUACGUCAUUAUAGACGCCCUAGAUGAAUGCGAGGGCUCUUCUUGCUACGACUUGCUUAACUCAAUUCACGAACUGAUUAGCGCCUCUAGCUCAUCAGCGGGGAGUGGCAGGCACGUGAAGUUUCUAUUGACAAGUCGCCCGACGCUGGGACAGGAAAAAGUCGCCAUUCCACUCCACGGGCAUCAACUUGCUAUCGACGAAGGCCAGCCCGGCCAUGGAGAAGAUCUCCGAGUCUUCAUCCAGGUGAAAGUAAAUGAAAUUACAUCUAGACGUGGCUGCUCCGAAGAGACAAAGGAUUUUCUACUACAGGCUUUAUUGUCCAGGGCUGAGCAGACCUUCUUGUGGGUUCAUAUGGUCCUUGCAUCUUUGGAACGAAGCUCCCUCGCAUCGAUCAAUGAUUUUCAGGAUAUCAUCGCCAAGCUACCUCGUGAUCUUGAAGCAACAUACUUAAAUUUUCUGUCCGCUCUACCUUCCCAUCAUCAAGACUCGGCAUGGCAGCUGCUGAGGCUACUGCUGGCGAGUUCUAGAACUCUCCUUCUGGACGAAGUCAAUAUAGCUUUCACCAUCCAACCCUUCCACGAGUCUUCCGGAGACGUCCUUCGAGACUGCCAGCCCGCAAUCCAUCAGACUGUUCUAGGCGUCUUGGGCCCCCUGAUUUUCUUCUGGUCCAAGACAGUGACGAACCCGCUAGUCAUAUAUAUGACGCUUAUCCGGGAAUGCCUCCUAUAACUGUUGAAAGCUCAGCAUUAAGCAUGGCUUCUGCUUGUAUUAAUUACCUCCUCUUGGGAGAUUUUUCAGAGAAUCUCUACUCCCCGCAACAUUCACCAGUUGAAUCUAGCUCCCUUUCUUCCAGAUCAUCCCAUGACCUACCUGUAGCCGAAUCCUUUGGAGAUCUAUGGGACGAGAGUGGG